AAAAGGAAAAAACAGGAUGGCCCGUGCUUCGUUCCUCCUGAGACCAGCACACGCAGCAUCGGCCACACAUCGUGGAGGCCCGCGGAAAGCCUAAAAGGAAAGAGGAAACUUCUCAACAAUCUCGCCGCCUCGCCGCCGGCGGCCAUCGCGAUGAUCAGCAUCCUCGCGCAGGAGCGCCUCCUCGGGUUCGCCCUGGGCUCCGUCUCCAUGGGUGGUUUCGUCCUCCACCAGCGCCGCUCCAUCUACCGCUCCCUUGCCGACAACGACGCGGUCUCUGGUGGCGCAUCCUUCUCCUAUCAGACAAGCGAAACCACCGGUAGAGGAGUUUCAGCUGAGAUGGCUCACGUGUGGAACAAGGCAGUGGACGAGACACUUGGCCGGCUUGUUGUGUAUCUUAGCUCUCGUGGAUGGUAAUUCAAGCAUUGAGAGUGAAGCACUACUCGCUGAUCACGCGUUGUUGUGCUAAACUAAGAUACAUGUGCUCUGCUAUUUCUCAGUACCAAUGGUUGAUCAUAAUGCUUUCUUUUGCUUUUAAAAUGGGCGUGGAGGAUAAUAGUCAGAUUGGACCAAUGGCGCCUUCCUGCUACACAUUGUUCCCCAGAUGUAUCGUGGAUUCAGGGCCUACAGCCUAACCCUGUUAAAAUGUUUUAUUGCUGAAGCUA